AAAGGGCGCUAGGUUCGACAAAGUCUCCGCAGUUGGUUCGUCUAUGGGAGAGUUUUGCUCUAAGCCGGAGAGUGGAAAUUCUCAAUCACAUCCCGGUGUUCCUGCUGUUGGUACUCAACAUGCUAGGUCAAGGGAAAGCAAUGUCCCGAGUGCUUCUACAGCAACAGCUGGCUUUCUAUCUAAUAUGUGUGACACAAUAUCCCGCUUACAAUCCGAAAAUCAUUUACCUUCGAACGCCCCACCACCAGGUUCACGGAUUGCCCCCAGCCCUGAACAGGGUUAUGCUAGUAGUAUUAAUCGGAAUGGAAGGUCUGAUAGUUUUCCAAGUGGAGGUCCGGUGCUCACAACUGGGCCUCAUGCAGGGUUGUUAACUCCGGAAGAUAUGCUUGCUGCAGCACAGAUUUGUAGCCAUCUAAGUCAGUCACAACUCAACGCUCUGGCGGCUGCUUACCAUCAACAACAGCAACAAAUUCAACGUUCCGUUGGUCCAACUGCUUCAGGAACUUCAACACUUGGUCACAUCCCAGGAAUUACAUUUGCACAGGCUCUAGCGGCCGUUACAUCUGUAUCGAAGUCAUCAUCUCCUACUAUUCCUCUCAGUGUUCAUAGCUCUCAACAGUCACCUCGAUUGCCGGUUCAUUCAGUUCAAACACCUAUGCAUCAAGGGAACCAAAAACGCCCCCCUAGUGGUCAGUCACAGUUUCACUCAGGACAUCCUAUUCAAAUGGGUUCAACUACAUCUGGUACUCGUCCAGCUUCAGCGUCUCAGGCUGUCCUUCAUCAUCGCGGAAGUCAUCUAGGUCCUUCAGGAUUCGGGACAAUGAGUUCUCACGUCAGUCCAUCACAGCCAAUUACCUCACAUCUGGAUCAUAAUUUGCACAAUGCACAUCAUCAGACAAGGGCUUCACCAUCACUAUCACCCAGUCCUGGAAGCAAUAUUUAUCAAAAUCGUCGUUCACAACUGGCCCCCCCUUCAACUCAUCCAAACAAAAGACCUCGUAUUUCCUUAGGAUCCCAACUACCACACUCCAUUUCAUCCUUACCUUCUGCUCAUGUAACAAAUACAAUUGCACCAGCUGAGAUGGAAGCUUUGUUGGGGAGUGUUGUUGCCAGUAAGGCUAUGGCAAGUAUUGCAGCUGGUUCUAACUUUCUUAAUCCAAACGCCUAUUCUGCAGCCACAGAAGUUGCCGCUGCAGCCGCAGCAGCCCUCACACCUUUUUAUACAUCCAUUAAUAAUAAUAGCUUAUCGAACCCAUCAUCUGUCGUCACUCCAAAUCAAGCUCCUUAUCAACCGCAUAUUCAACAUCAUGGUUCAUUCGGUAGUAAUCCAACUUCUGGCACUCAUUUAUUCAACCAACAACAUGUUUUGCCAUCUCCCAGUUCGGCGUAUCCAGGUUCACUGAUGGGUACCUUACCUGGUUCACUUCUAACCUCGUACAAUAACAGACCAUUUCCUCAUGCAACUGCGUCUACCCAGGCGAUAACUUCCGGGCAAGACCUAGUUAGUGCACCUGUCUUGGGAUCACAAACUGUAACUAGUCAGCCUCCAUUGUCACAUAUGCCAGCGAAAGCAUCACAUCCAACAUCAGUCUCCCAAAUCCCUUCUCGCCUGAUUUCUGGCCAUCUUCAUCAUCCACCUGCUGCUACGCAUCCUAGUCAAGGCAGUUUUCACCAGUCAAAUCAUCCUUUACCACAACCAGGUUCUCAACAUCAUGUGAUGGGGCAUUCUAAUCUCCCUCAGGGGAGUGGCGUACUUCGACAGCAGACUAAAGAACCGGCUUAUCACCCACAGGUACGUGUUUGUUUCCUGAUAUUUUAAAAUUAGAUUUCGCCAGUUGUUUUGUACGACUGCUACUUCAGUGAAUUUUUAUUUAACCCAAAUUCGUAAUAUUGUUUCAAAGCUUUUUAUGUCGGGAAUAUUGACGUUUCUUAGGUUCAUGUGAAGAUUUUUUAUUCCUAUGUACUUGAACUCAGUCAGUCGGUAAAAACGUAGAACUUCGUACGUACGUACAUCAGUUCGAGUUGCCAUACCACAUUAGCACACAGAUACAACUGUCAAUUCAAAUCCCGUAGUGGUAGAGGUAGUAAAAGUAUAAACAGUAAUCGGAAAGAUUAGGGUUGGAAGAUGUUAUUCAAAGAAUAUAAUCCAGUGAAAUAAAUUUGGAAAGAGAAAAAAAGGGACAUGAAGAAUUCACAAGAUUAGAAUUUGGGAGAUUACAAAGAGUGGAUGCACCUGCGCCAUUGCAAACGAUUUUGAGCCAUGUCAUUCAGGGUCUCUAACCAUCGGUUGCUAUUAUUUAUUUAUUUUAACACAUAGAUAUUGGUGCAAGGAGGCACCAAAUACAUAUGCGCCACACAAAUCUCAUUUGAUAUGUGUGAGGGCUGUGAUACUGCCCGGGUGCCCAGACCGAAGCAGGUGGUUUUCUUAGGGGGCCACACCCGGAGCUAUCAACCUGAAGGUCUAACUCACAAGGCAGUGGAGCAUCGUGAGGAGAUGCAGUCCCAUGAUAGCCGGUGACCAACGAUUAGUUCGUACGCCAUUUGUUCCCUCAGGAUACUGGAGCCCAUGUGCACCAUUGGUUUGGAAUCCGGUCAAAGCGCCGGACAUUCGCUUUUCGUCCUCUCAAUUUCGUAAACAACAACCCCGCCACAGGAAGGCAAUGAGUAGGACUUCCCUAGCAGAGGCUAUAUACGCGUGGCCAUGUGAGAGCAUUUCGAGAGGGAGAGCGGAAUCCCUCCACUCUCGGCUGUACCAGGGCAUUUGGGGGCUGGUUGCUAUCAUUUCGCGGUCCCCAACCAGGUAGUCUACACCUACCAACAUGGCUCAGUCCACUUGUCAGUGACUUCAUGGAUUUGUGCCACGUUUUGGUCUGGCUGCCCCUAGCUAUCUUCCAACCUACUCCUGCACCAUAAAACACCGCACGUCGAGGCAGGCGGUGGUUGGGCAUACGUAACACGUGUCCCAGCCAUCUCAACUGAUGAAGUCUCGCUACUUCAUCAACUGAUUUGCCAUCCUUACCUAGUACGCGUUUCCUAACAAUUGCGUUACUUACUCGAUGGUCCCAGGAUAUACCAGCAAUAUUUCGAAGACACCUAUGAUCAAAUGCUAGUAACCUACGAAUAUCCUCUACUCUUACCGGCCAUGUUCAACUGCCAUAAAGUAGGACGGAACGAACUGCUGCG